ACUAUAUUAGAAGCCAAAGGCCGACCCUUUCUUCUCGCCUCCGUCCCAUCUCCUAUCCCUCCGUGGCUGCUCGCCUCCAGAGAAUGACCAGCUCCUCCGCCGCCUCGCGCAAGGGUCUCAGCAAGAUCGCGUGUAGCAGGCUUCAGAAAGAGCUUGUGGAAUGGGAAGUCAACCCCCCAACCGGCUUCAAGCACAAGGUCUCCGAUAAUCUCCAAAGAUGGAUUAUCGAAGUGGUCGGGGCACCGGGGACGCUCUAUGAGAGCGAGAAGUACCAGCUUCAGGUCGAUUUCCCCGAGCAUUACCCAAUGGAAGCUCCGCAGGUCAUUUUUCUACACCCUGCACCUCUUCAUCCGCACGUUUACAGCAACGGGCAUAUCUGUUUAGAUAUAUUAUAUGAUUCCUGGUCACCAGCAAUGACCGUUAGUUCUGUCUGUAUUAGCAUUUUAUCCAUGUUGUCAAGCUCAACUGCAAAGCAACGCCCUGCUGAUAAUGACCGCUAUGUGAAGAACUGCAGGAAUGGUAGGUCUCCGAAGGAGACAAGAUGGUGGUUCCAUGAUGACAAAGUUUGAUUCUGAUGGUGGUGCUUCUGUGGUAGAGUAGUUACCACCGAUCCAAUUCCCAUGUAACACAGGAGUGUUAGGUGAUUCAAAUCAAUGAACUACUGCAAGUUUGCAUGCUUAAAUAUUUGUGAAGCAAUGAAUGGCUGUAUGAACUUGAAAAUAUAUUAAGGACCUAUAAGGCCACAAAGAACUCGGUCGGAGAGAAACUCCUCAGCCUUGUCAAUGAAAAGCUUGUGAAGCUCAGUUUAAUCUCCAA